AGUAGAGCGAGCUACAACAUCACCCUGCGCCUUUUGUUAUCAGACGGUGGAGUGUUUAUCAUACAUGCUAGCGAAGUACAGCCCUUUUUGCAGGAAGUCGACAUAAAAUAUUAUGUUUUGACGCGUUUUUAAGAUUCCCGAACGGGGGAUCUCCGAGUGAAUUGGUAGUAGAAGAGGAUUUAGUCGUCGUUCAGAAGGGAGUUUGAAAAAGAGACUUCAUGUCGUCCGCAGCGGAGAGUGUGGAAAAUGCCUCCAUCAUUUCAGAGAGUGGGGCCCAUGAGGGAAACCGAUUAUGGAUUGGCAACAUCGAUCCUAAAAUCACAGAGUAUCACCUGGUGAAGCUAUUAGAAAAGUUUGGCAAUGUGAAACAGUUCGACUUCCUGUUUCAUAAGUCCGGACCUUUAGAGGGACAGCCGAGGGGCUACUGUUUUGUCAACUUCAACACCAAGCAGGAAGCUGAACGGGCCAUCCAGUGUUUAAAUGGGAAGCUUGCUCUUUCCAAAAAGCUGGUGGUGCGCUGGGCGCACGCACAGAGAUUUGAAGGUUUCCGUAAUGAGAAGACGAUGCCCACGAGCCUGGAACCAUCGAGUAGCGGGGCCUCUGACCAGUCUCUGACCAACAGCCACCUCAGUACGAGCGCAAAGAUCCGCGCGAUUGAGGCCAAGCUCCAGAUGAUGGAGGAGAAUCCAGAUGAUAGCUACUCGGGCCCCUCACCCUACGUUCACAACAAACCGCCAGAGAGGAAACGCUGGGAGCCUUACUCAAAAUCGCACCACCAUAACCAGAGCAGACCCUUCCGCAGGUUCAGGAGAUGACCCAUCACCACCACCACCCCCCACUUCCCUCUUGAUGGUGAUCACUCAUGCGGACACAGACUGAACACACCAAGUGGUUAACAGCAACGUUGGAAUAUAUUUUUAAAGUAUUGUCUCAAAUGUCUGUUGUCAGAGCAUCCACUUUCCUGUCUCCACUCUACCUGACUGCUAUGCAGGUCGGAAGCUGUCUCACCACUGGUUCUGUUAUGUUUUGUCCACGUGUUACAAUGUUCCUCUUUUGCAAAUAUUUAAAAUGAAUUUGUUUUAAUGAACAGCACAAGAAAGCUAUCCGGUUUCUUCGUUCUUGAUGAGCGUGCUGUUUUUGUCCUGGAGUCUCACCGCAGCUCAUUUUAAUUUUGUGUGUUGAGUUUUAUGGCACCUUUAUUUUUCAAUUGUGAAAUUCAAUAUAAAACCGUUUUUUUGUCAAUAUAUGCCUUCUUUUUUUUACAGCAAGUCCAUCAACAAUGUAACAUCCUGAACGAACUCAAUUGAAAAUAUCGUUCACCAUUUAACUUUAUGUUUCACAUGGUACUUGGAAA